AUGACGACCAAGACGGAUAUCGUUGCCUACAGCGAGGGCACGCCUAACGGAUUGAAACUUCACAUCGCCCUGGCAGAGCUCGGGCUCGAUUACAAGCUGGUGCCAAUCGCUCUGUUCAAAAACGAGCAAAAGGAGCCGUGGUUCACGGAGAUCAACCCCAACGGGCGUAUCCCAGCCAUCACUGACAAAACAGCCAACGGCGUGGAGCUCAAGAUCUUCGAGUCGGGCGCGGUCCUAGAGUAUCUGGUGGCGACGUACGACAAGAACCACCUGAUCUCGUAUCCUUACGGGACCAAGGAGCACUGGGAGACCAUUAGCUGGUUGAUGUGGCAGAUGAGUGGCCUCGGGCCUAUGAUGGGCCAGGCCAACGUCUUCACUCGUUCUACGGUGGGCGUCCACCAGUAUUCUAUCGACCGUUAUGUCAACGAGAGCCGCCGCUUGCUCCGGGUCCUGGAUGGUCAUCUGGAGAAGAAAGGAGCCAAGUUCGUGGUCGGUGAUCGGGUCACGAUUGCUGAUAUUGCCAUUUGGCCGUGGGUGUCUGCGAUUAGGUACUCUGGAUUACGCUCUAUCGAAGACUACCCGAGUGUUUCCAAGUGGUUCUGGGGACUGCUCGAGCGUCCGGGUUUUAAGAAAGGUGCCAAUACCCCGGGCCCGAACAAGUAUCUCGCCACCAACGAGAUGACGGAGGAGGAGAUUAACAAAAUCUCGGAGCCCACUAGGGAGUGGAUCGCAGAGACCAUGAAGAGGGACGCCGAUGCCUGA